AUGGGCUUUUUAGUUUUAUGGAGAGAAAACGGCUCGGAGAGUUAUCCUUCAAUGGCCGAGCUUCUCCGCUUCUUUACAGUGAAGUGUUCUCCUUCGAACGGUUUCUUCUAUAUUUCCAAGCAUGCUAAUGCCCCUUUGUUGAUCGUUGGGGUUCCCACUUCUCAAAAAACCUGGAAGGAAUACUUCUUCGUUUCGGGUGGUUCUUGGCAGGUAAAUUCGAAUGAUGCCACCGAUGUCUUCCACGUCCCCGCGCUUUGGGGAAUUGCAAGCAACCUGAGUGAGUACCCAAAACCCAUGUAUUUAGUUUUUUCCUUUCCUGUUAAUAAACUACCUCUGCCUUUCUAA